AUGCACCCAGAGUUAAAACCAAGGUUUGAUAAAGAAGGAAGAAUGAUUAAAGAAGGGAAAGGAACCACUCCAAAGGCUCUCCAUUCAACUAGUUCUUUGAUUGGUGGAAUUGCAAACUUCACUGCAAAUCCAAUAGAUUUGAUAAAUGAAUUUGCUAGUUUUCUUCAAAGAAGAGGAGGCACCACUGAAGAUAAGGAAGUGACCACUAAGAACCCUACUGCCAUGCUAGGAAAAUUCGUAGGUUUCUUGACUGAGACCACAACUCAAGGUAAUGUUUCAGACCUGAAAUGUGCUUGGCAAAACCACGGUGAGCACAACUUCACCAUCCUUAGGAAGCCCAUUGAAUUCACUUGCGAUGUCUGUGGCCUAGGUGAUGGGUCUGGUUACAAAGACAACUUCUACCUCUGCAACAUUUGCAAGUUCCUUGUCCAUGAGCAAUGCUCUUGGUUACCACUUCGAGUCAAAAUAUCAUGGCACCAACACUGCCUCAAGCUUACCUGGUGGUUCCAAGACAUGUACCCUAAAGACCAAUAUUUCUGUGACAUCUGCUCAACAAACAUGGACGGAAACCGUGCUUUGUAUUGUUGUCAUGAUCAUGAAUGUCGUGAUUAUGCUGCCCACUGUAAAUGCUUAAGAAAAGAGGGGAUAAUCAUGAACGUCCUUGUCGAUGAUAAUGAUGAUGAUGCACCAUCCACAUCCAGAUGUCCCCCUGCUAAUGAGACCACCGCUGAUGAUAAACCCUUGCAGAUCGAGCACUUCAGUCAUCCACACAUGUUAACCCUCAUCGAUAGCCAAGAGGUGGCUAGACAAGACGACCAAGAUGAAGGAAUUACUUGUAACGGUUGCACGCUACCCAUCAUGAGGGGUGAGUCUUAUAGGUCAUGCACAGAACAAGCAAUAGAAAAGCCAUGUAAUUUCUCUCUCCACAUAAAUUGUGCUAAAUUACCCCGAAAGAGGCUUCUCCCACUUCACGAACACGAGCUCACACUCCUUCCAACAGCAUCUUCUGUCGGUGACGUUUUUGAGUGUGACAUGUGCAAGUCCUUGAGCCAAGGUUUCUCAUUCCAUUGUGAAGAUAGCGACUUCAAACUAGACCUCUAUUGCAAUAUUCUUUAUGAGCGUAAGCCUCUCCGUUGUGAUGCUCAUGAUUUCUGCUUCAGAUGUGGCCGUAAGAGAUGCGACUUCCAGCUGUGUAUUCUGUGUGUUAAAUUACCUCUUACGGUUAGGUACAAUUACGACGAUCAUCCUCUCAAACUCACUUAUGCUAGUGUUAAAAAUGAGCUCGAUGAGUACUAUUGUGACAUAUGCGAAGGAAAACGAGAUCCAAAACAUUGGUUCUACUCCUGCCUGGAUUGUGACUUUGAAUGUCAUACUCAUUGCAUUAGAGGGAGGUAUCCGCAAGUCAAGUUAGGGGGCUCUUACAAGCAUCAUGAUCACCAGCACGACGUCGCCCUUGUUUAUAAGAGAAAAGGCAAGAUUCCUAAUGAUAAGAGAGAGCGCUUACUUCCUUGUUCCAAGUGUUCUAUGAUUUGCAAAGGAUUGGUUUGUGAAUGUUUGGUGUGUGGUAUUAAUAUGCACCUAAGGCAUAUAAGAAAGCAAAAGCAUAUAAAAUUUCUAUUUUGA